GCAGCGGCGUCAGAUAAGGGUUUAUUCCAUCUGCUGUUUCCCCUCCCACUAGCCCACCCAACACAUCAUUUCGCAGAAAAGAUUUCGCGUCUUCCUACUCCACUGCAUGGUCGUGUUCCGUUAGACCAGCCUCGGAGGGGCUUCGUGUUGCUGUUAAUUUUGACACGAAGGACCCACGAGUCUUUCUUCCUGCAGCUGCUUUUUCCGUUACUCCGCUGGACAUACUUACGCGCGCCUUAGAAUGUGGUGAAAUGGACCGUUGAAGUUCGUUGUUUUUGAAAAUUCUCUUUCCCACCUCUCGGUAUUGUUUAUAUUUGCGGGGGAAACACAGGCAUGGGAAUACAUUUGCGGUUGAGUGAGUGAAAGUAGGGGACUAAGUGACAGUACAGACAUUCAACGCUCCGUUUCAGACAGAGAAACGGGUGAUGUUUAGAGUGUCGGAUAGCUCCUGACAGAUGGAAGGAGGGGUUUUGAUCAAGGAUGGAAUUCAAGAUGGAAAACGACAAAGGGGGGCUAAGUUCUCGUGGUUGAAGUGAAGAAGUGGUUUAGCGUUGGGUUGGUUUAUUUUUAUUUAUUUUUUUAUUUUUUUGUGGUUGUACCGGAGAAAAUGAUGGCGCGCGGUGCGGGUCGACAGACGGCGCGCGCAUCUUUCCACUCUGCCACAGAGUGAGAUCACAAUUACUGGGAGGAGGUUCUGGAAUCUAAUAACCCCCAGUGUGUGAGAAAGCAGCAGCUGAGAGGAAAUUGCUGGCAGGGAGGCCAUUCCCUCUGAUCACAGAGGCGUCGGUCUGAGGAAGCAGUUGUCCUUCAAAAGGGAACUGCCCCAAAGCAUGACCGUCUGUCACUGGGGACGGUCAGAGAAACGCAUUCCUGCAACUCCCAUGGACAGUUUGUCAUCCCCCUCAUAGGUCCACCUGGGGCCCUGAACACACCCUUCUGCCAGCUCGGAUAACCCUCAGGCUGUUUGCAACACAUGUUUGAUGUGAUUGGUUGUGACUGCCGCGCUUUGCUAAGCAGCCCCGCUCUACAUCAUGCAGUGGCGUCGGCGACACUACUGCCCCAUCAAGAUGACCUGGAAUGUUAAGCGGUCACUCUUCCGCACACAUGUAGCAGGCCUUCUUUCGCUGGCCUCACUCUUCGCCCUGUUCCUCAUCUAUUGCCACCAGGAUUUGCUCCAGGGCCGGAGUUGGCUGCGAGACAACCCCCUGGUUUACACUAUGCGGGGUUUGCGCCCCCCCAAGGAGCGCGCAAAGGGAAACCAAAGCUCAUUGCGAAGCCUCUGGAAAGACAAUGCUUAUGUGCUCCCCAAACCAUCUGUUAACUUCAAUUUUAGUUCUCACCAGGCUGAGAUCACUGCCCAGGGGAUUGUGGGAUUGGAGAUCUCUGCAAGCACCAACAACAUAAGCAGCAACACCAAGAGCUUGCACAGGGAAAUGGGAGUGGGAGGGCGUCUGGCAGCUCAGCCUUAUCAGUGGCUACUCAAUGAGCCCUAUAAGUGUAACAACAGCAGUCCCUUCCUGGUUUUGCUUAUAGUUGCAGAGCCAAGUCAGGUGGAGGCCAGGAAUGCCAUCAGGCAGACCUGGGGGAAUGAGAGCAUAGCCAUGGGUUAUGGGUUUGUGCGCCUCUUCCUGCUGGGCUUGAGACCUGAUGUGUAUCUGCAGAGGUCCAUUGAGGAGGAGAGCUUGCAGUACCAUGACAUCAUCCAGCAGGACUUCAUGGACACUUAUUACAACCUUACCAUAAAAACGCUAAUGGGCAUGAGCUGGGUGGCUCAGUAUUGCUCGUACGCCCGUUAUGUAAUGAAAACGGACAGUGACAUGUUUGUCAACACAGAAUAUCUCAUCCAAAAGCUGCUAAAGCCAAACACAGCGCCUCGACAAAAUUACUUUACUGGCUACCUAAUGAGAGGCUACGCCCCCAACCGCAACAAAGACAGUAAAUGGUACAUGCCGCCAGAGCUGUAUUCCAGUGAGAGGUACCCAAUCUUUUGCUCUGGGACAGGCUAUGUGUUCUCGGGAGACAUGGCAGAGAAAAUCUACAAUGCCUCAUUAAGUAUCCGUCGCCUUCACCUCGAGGAUGUAUAUGUGGGUAUCUGCCUGGCAAAACUGCGGAUUGACCCAGUGCCACCACCAAAUGAGUUUCUCUUUAACCACUGGAGAGUGUCCUACUCCAGCUGCAAAUACAGUCACCUGAUCACCUCGCACCAGUUCCAGCCCAAUGAACUUACAAAAUACUGGAAUCACUUGCAAAGCAACAAGCACAGUCCUUGUCUUAAUAUGGUGAAGGAUAAGAGCGGCCAACGUCGGCAUAGGAAAUUGCAGUGGGAAGGUUUUCAGUGAUUUAGCCAAGGCUCAGGGUUGAAUUAGUGUUACUACAACAUGCAAAAUUCAGAAGUCUAUGAGAUAAGGAACAGCACAGAGUGUUUUUUGUUAAAGCUAUUUUUCAAUUUAAGAGCUGUUAUGUAGUGUAAACCUGUACAGCUUGUUUUUAAGGAAAGUGAAAGACAUCAAUUUUGUGCAAUAUCUAGCAUGCACAACUUAAAACAUUGGUGAUAACACCAUUUCAGGUGCCAAAUAACUGAAAUGUAUUGUAGUUGUUGAACUUCCUCUUCAAGCUAAAGCUUGAUUGAUCAUAUUAAAGGGCAAAUUUUACUGGGAUCCUCACUGUUUCUGUAUAAAAAUUGGGAAUAUCAUUUGGUGGUGUAUCUGUAUUGUGACACAUUUCUUGGUUUCUCAAAAGUGUCCACCCCUGGCGUUGAGAUGUACAUUUUUCUAUCUACCUAAAUCCUACAAAUGGUUAACAGUAACCAAACAGUAUGUAUAAUUAAAAGGUAAUAUGUGACAUUUAACUGCAUCAUAGAUGUCAGAUAUGAUUAAAGUAUUUUUCAAAGCUAUGACUAAAUAUACAGGUCUACCCUUCAUGAGGUUGAAGGUAAAACUAUUAAAUGUAUUUCUUAUGCA